UGGCUUCUGGAGCCCCUCAGACCCGGGCCCUUAUCUUCCAGGGGGCAGAGAGUCUAUUUAAAAAGCGGGGAGCAAGGCAGGGCCUCGUCACACCCAUGGACCCAUUCCACAGCUCAGAGCCAUAGCCAACUCGCCUUGCCUCCCCAAAGUACCGGACCGCAACUGCCAAGAGAGGAGCUCAUGCCCUAAAGGCCUCCCCGCCGCCGCCCCCCUCCCAAGCUCAUCUUUGGCACCCUGUACCCUGCCUAUUCUUCCUACAAGGCCGUGAAGACGAAAAAUGUCAAGGAAUAUGUGAAAUGGAUGAUGUACUGGAUCGUCUUUGCCUUCUUCACCACAGCUGAGACCCUCACCGACAUCAUACUCUCCUGGUUCCCCUUCUACUUCGAGCUCAAGAUCGCCUUCGUGAUAUGGCUGCUGUCUCCAUACACCAAGGGCUCCAGUGUGCUCUACCGCAAGUUCGUACACCCCACGCUGUCCAACAAGGAGAAGGAGAUCGACGAGUACAUCACACAGGCCUGUGACAAGAGCUACGAGACCAUGAUGAGGGUGGGCAAGAGGGGCCUGAACCUGGCUGCCAAUGCCGCAGUCACAGCUGCUGCCAAGGGCCAGGGGGUGCUGUCAGAGAAACUCCGAAGCUUCAGCAUGCAGGACCUGACUCUGAUCCGAGAUGAAGAUACCCUGCCCCUGCAGGGACAUGAUGGCCACCUCCGACCCGGCCCCGGUGGCAGCCUCCUGGACACUAUAGAGGACUUGGGAGACGACCCAGGUUUGAGUUUAAAGGCUAGCAUGAACCAGGCAGACCCCCGGACAGAGACUUCUGAGGAUGACGCAGGGGACAAGGCCCCUAAGAAGGUCAAAUCUAUCAAAAAAAUACCCAAAGCGGAGCCACCAGCUUCCAAGACGCUGAAGACCAGGCCCAAGAAGAAGGCCUCUGGUGGGGUCGACUCAGCCUGAGGCCCCCCCACGCCCCCUGCAGGCUGCACAGCAAGGAGGGAGCCUCUGCCUCAGCCCCGCCCCUGCUCUCCCUCUGUGCCAGUGGCCCAGAUGUCUCAGGCCCCAGGGCCCCUCAGAUGGCCACCUCAGGAGCCAUCCCGUUGACCCCUCCUCUGGAAUGGACUUGGAGAAGAGGAGGGAGGCGCUACGAUGAGGGGGGCACGGGGUGAGUCUGGACUAGGGACAAGCCUGAGCCACCCACUCUGCUCCAGGAGGCGAGGGCUCCCAGGAGCCUGCCCAGUUAUUCUCCUGUCCCAGCCCUGCCCCCGCCCACCCAGUGCCUUGCUGAGGACCAGGGCCAUGCUCUUCUCUGAACUCCGGUUCUCCCCAUGGAGGGGGCCACAGCCCAGAUGAACCAAGGCACUGAAAGAGCCAGGAGUAAGCGCGGAAGGCCUGGCCUGGCCUCUGGCACAGGCCCCGCGCCCAAUGGACCACACCGCAGCCACCUGGGUGGACGUUGUCAGAGUGCAUAAAUGAGCAAGGUGACCAGGCUGGAGCUGCAGUGGGGCUCUCUCCCUGGGCACGGGGUGGGGCUGUGUGCCAAAUGUCCCCACCAGAAAAAAGAGGUGGGGGCCCCAGGUGUGUGUGUGUCUAUCUGUCUGGGUCUGGGGUGGGGAGGACUUUGCCUCUACCCUUCACCUCUCCCAUCAUGGGCCCUACAACCAGCUGACCCCUUGUCAGCCCAGCUGCCCCUCCCAGAGUCCGAGUCUCAGUGGGCUCUACAAUGGGUCUAUGUGACCCCUUGCUCUCUCCUCAUUCAUUCCCUGGGACCACCUGUCCCCUCUCCUCUGCCUCGUUAGAUCUUACCAGGCCACUGGGGUAGGGGAGAGAUGUCAGGACCGAGAGGGAGCCCCCAGAGGCCUCUGGCCGCCUCCUCUGCCCGGGCCCACUUAUUCCCACCCUGCCCUGUGCCUCAGCCCCCUGCUGAGUGGGUAGCUUCCCUUUUCCCUGGAGGUUCCCCUCCCCCUUCCCCCCAGCCAUCUUCCUGUGCCAAGCCGCCUGGGCCCUUUCUGAGCAGAACCCACCAGGCCCGGCGUUCACCCCACACCCUGCCCAGCUUCUGCCGUGCUCUUAGUCAGGGCCCGGAGGGACACGUGAAGAAAACACUCCGAAGCCAAGGGCCGCCAGUUCCGUAGGAGAAAGGUGAACAAUGGACCUCUGACACUGGAUGAGCCAAUAAAUCAAACUCUGGCACCUCA